GCCACCGCAUCCGUUCUGUAGCUUUCCCCGGCUUGUCGAGCCAAGUGGGAAUGAGAGAUUUGUGCGUCGUUUAGUCUCGUGCUCAAUCAUGUCCACCACACGCACAAAAAGCGCGUCCCUUCAUCUUUUCGGGAGGAUGGGGAUAAAAAGCAGAGGAAUCCCCCGUCAGAUCCAUUCUUAAAUCUGAACUUGGUUAUCCAUUUCUUCCAGGACCCAUAACUUAACUUGCGAUAAACCUCGUGACUAAUCUUACCUCAUAAAGGAAAUACAACAUCCCUCUACAAGUCUUCCUCAAGACAUACAUUCUUCUCUUCUCGGAAUGAUGUCUGCCCUCGCGGAGCAGGGCACCCAAUGCCUCCGCAGUAUCUUCUUCGUGAGCAAUGUACAUUGCUCGUCGUGUGUGGCAUAUAUCUCAGAAGUCCUCGACGAGAUCCCGGGGCUGAUCGAGCUCGAUGUCUCCAUCUUUACGAAUGAGGUUCGCGCCGUCCACACGGUGGACACGAAGCCCUCCGAUUUGGCCACAGCUUUGAUACAAGCUGCUUUUGAGGUCCAUCAUGUCACCACCUACGAUCUGCAAGGGACGAUCGUCUCCGACUUGGAUACCUCGUCCUGGCUCCCCCGAGACUCCAUCCUCUUCUCUCCCCAGUCCAACCCACAGCCCGUUUCCCACCGAUCCGCCCAAAGACACGCCGAGAAUUGCGACGCUUGUCGACAAGAAGAACUCGAUAUCGCUUCGACCCACCCCGCCGCACUGGAACGAAGCAUCAGCCGGUCAAGGGCGCAGCCCAGCUGUCACCGAACGGAGGAAGAGCGGAACAGCUUGUCGGAUACCGAGCCUCUGGCGCCUCAGGUCUCGGAUGCGGCCUCGGCUGAAGGCUCGGCCACCAUGCGCGUCACCCCCUCGUCACAGCCGCCGAAAGACCAUGGAAGAUUUCGUGCCCGUGUGAGCAUCGGGGGAAUGAGCUGCGCAUCGUGUGUCAACUCCAUCACCGAUGAAGUCAAACAUCUCGAUUUCGUUCUCGACGUGACCGUCAAUCUACUGACCAAUAGCGCAACGUUGGUCUACCGCGGGCCCCAGGAAAACAUCAAUAAAGUGGUUGAGCAGAUCGACGAUAUUGGAUUCGAGGCGUCUGUGGAUGAAGUCAGUUCCGAGGAGAUGGCUUCGCCGUCUGAUCAACGCCCGCCGUCCACUUUCGUCGCGGAGCUGGCAAUCAACGGCAUGACCUGCGGCUCCUGCGUUGGGGCUGUAACCCGAGGUCUCCAGGAACUGCCGUUCGUGACGGACGUCUCCAUCAAUCUUCUAACACAUGGCGGAAGAGUCGAGUUUAAGGGGCGCGAUAACCUGGACACAUUGACUGAAAAAGUCGAGGACUUAGGGUACGACGUCUCUGUCAAUAGCGUCUCUCCAACGGCUGCGGUCGCCGACGAAACCGAGACCAGGUCAAUCGCCAUUCAUAUCGAUGGCAUGUUCUGCCACCACUGCCCGGAAAAAGUGUACAACGCGCUCGAAAAACUCCCGGACAUACGCGUGGACCCCGGUUUAUCGGUCAAGAACCCAAUUUUGAAGGUCACUUACACACCCCAUGCUCCGUCGUUCACUGUCAGAGAGAUUCUUCAAGCCGCAGAGAAGGCGCACGAUUCUUUUGUCGCGACGGUAUACCACCCUCCCAGCAUCGAGGACCGUUCGCGCGCGAUGCAGCGACAGGCAAAGAGCCGGCUGCUAGCACGGUUUCUUUUCGUUUUGCUGGUGGUCAUCCCAACUUUUGUGAUCGGAAUCGUGUUCAUGACUCUGGUGUCGCCCGAAAACGAAACCAGAAAGUACCUAGAGCAGCCCAUAUGGGCCGGCAACGUCUCGCGGCAAGAAUGGGCUCUCCUCAUCAUGGCGACCCCAGUCAUGCUAUACGGAGCCGAUCUAUUCCACGUGCGAGCCAUCAAGGAGAUCUACUCUCUCUGGCGUCCCGGCAGUCGUGUACCCGUCCUCCGACGCUUUUAUCGCUUCGGAAGCAUGAACCUCUUGAUCUCUGCCGGAACAACCGUGGCUUACGUCUCCUCCCUAGCGGUCCUGAUCAUGGAUGCGUUGGCAGACACAUCGUCCGACACCCACAGCGCCAACUACUUCGAUUCGGUUGUGUUCCUGACCUUUUUCAUCCUCGCCGGCCGGCUCAUCGAAGCGUACAGUAAAGCCAAAACCGGCGAUGCGGUCGCAGCGCUCGGGCAACUGCGGCCUUCGGAAGCACUGUUGGUCACCGGAGGCGGCGAAAUCCAGCGGAUCAGCUAUGACCUACUGGAGAUCGGCGACGUGGUCAGCAUCCCCCACGGCACAUCGCCCCCGGCAGACGGAGUUGUCGUCGGACCCGGAUCCUACCAAUUCGACGAAAGCUCUCUGACGGGAGAGUCAAGACCCGUGAGCAAGAAAACCGGCGACGCAGUGUACACGGGGUCCGUGAACGUCGGACAGCCCGUUCAAAUUAAGGUAUCUGCGCUCGGGGCGGCUUCCAUGCUGGAUCAGAUCAUCGCCGUGGUCCGCGAGGGCCAGAGCCGACGCGCGCCGCUGGAGCGAUUCGCAGACAUCCUUACGUCCCACUUCGUGCCCGUGAUCACGCUGAUCGCCAUCCUGACCUUCGUGAUCUGGCUGGCCCUGGGGCUGUCGGGGGCUCUACCCGCCGACUACCUGGACAAUGCGCGCGGGGGCUGGACGUUCUGGAGUCUCGAGUUCGCUAUAGCUGUCUUUGUCGUCGCGUGCCCCUGCGGCCUGGCACUUGCUGCGCCCACGGCGCUCUUCGUUGGAGGCGGCCUGGCUGCCAAACAGGGCAUUCUCGCCAAGGGCGGCGGCGAGGCGUUUCAGGAAGCGAGCAAUCUCGAUGCUAUCGUCUUCGACAAGACCGGAACGUUAACCGAGGGGGGUAGCCUCAAAGUGUCCGACCACGAGUCGCUCGUCGCCUCCCCCGAGCAAGUGCAGGCCGCCUGGGCUCUGGCGCGGAAGCUCGAGGAGAGCAGCAACCACCCCAUCGCACGAGCCAUUUUCGAGUUCUGCAGCGAGAAACUGGGGAACGGUGUAUCGAUCUUAGACGCCGACAUCGACGAGAUCUCCGGACAGGGAAUGAAGGGCAGAUUCACCGUCUCCACGAACCAGUCCGAGACGACCGCAACCACCCAAUACGAAGCAGCAAUUGGCAACCAGCGUCUCCUCGAGAACGUAGUCUCACUCAGCGAAGACGACACCCUCAAUCUCUCCAACGUCCUAUCCAAAUACCAAGCGGCGGGAAAAUCCACCGCCAUCCUCUCCCUCCGCCAAACACCAACCACCACCGACAGCAACGAACCCACCCCACCCUUCACCCCAGCCCUCAUCUUCGCCAUCUCCGACACCAUCCGCCCCGAAGCAGCGCAAGUCAUCUCCGACCUCCAAAAAACCCGCAAAGUCGCAACAUACAUGUGCACGGGCGACAACGAAACAACCGCCAAAGCGGUCGCCUCAAUGAUCGGCAUCCCUCCCACAAACAUCAUCGCAAACGUCACUCCCGCCGGAAAAGCCGACUUCGUCCGCCGCAUCCAAGACGGACUUCUCUCUACCUCCACCACUCUCACCGCUUCCGAAAUCGAAAACCAGCGCUCUUCCAGCACCAACCACAAACGCCCCGUCGUCGCCUUCGUCGGCGACGGCGUCAACGACUCCCCAGCGCUCGCAGCCUCAGACGUCAGCAUAGCAAUGGCCUCGGGCUCCGACGUAGCCAUGAACUCCGCAGACUUCAUCCUGCUCAACUCCGAGCUGAACUCCAUUCUCAACCUAGUGGUUCUCAGCCGGCGGGUGUUCAACCGCGUGCGCGUGAACUUUGCCUGGGCGCUCGUGUACAACAUGGCUCUUGUGCCUGUUGCCGCGGGCGUCUUUUACCCCAUUGUUAGUGGUCAUGAGCGGAGGAUGAGUGAGGGAGGCGAGAUGGUUAUGGUUGAUAUGCAUUGGAGGUUGGGGCCCGUGUGGGCUGCGCUGGCUAUGGCGUUGAGUAGUAUUUCGGUUGUUUGUAGUAGUCUUGCGCUGGGGAUUGAUUGGAAUUGGUUGAGGAGGUUGGUGGGGUUUGGGAAGCGUUGAUCUUUUUUUUCUCUAUUUUUCUGUUUGCAUGUUGGGUAUGUGGUUCAUUUGGUGCAUUUUGGGCUGGCAUGGAGAUAGGAUGUUG